AUGAUCAGUGCCACUCUGCCAGGAACCCCAACUCCCAGACAGGUUCAUAUUGUUGCCCUGGGGGCACACACCAAGAGUGUCCGGGGGCCCCGGGACGUGCGAAGGAAGUGGCUGAGAGCUGCUGUCCUGGGAGCCUGCACCUCGCUCGCUGCUCUCCUGCUCUGGGGCAGCCUAGGGGGCGAGGAUGGCAUCACUGAGGUCCUAGCUCUCCGAAGUGAGGUCCUGCCAGGCAGGUUCAUCGAGGUGCCCUGCUCCGAGGACUAUGACAGUCACCGAAGGUUUGAAGGCUGCUCCCCGAGGAAGUGUGGCCGGGGCAUCUCCGAUGCUGUCAUCACCAGGGACGAAGCCCGGAGGAUUCGCAGCGUAGCCGAGAAGGGGCUCUCCCUCGGAGGAUCCGACGGAGGGGCGUCCAUCCUGGACCUGCACUCUGGGGCCCUGUCUGUCGGGAAGCACUUUGUGAACCUGUACAGGUAUUUUGGGGAUAGAAUACAAACUGUCUUCUCAGGAGAGGACUUCCAGUUGUACCGGGACGUGCGGCAGAAGGUCCAGCUGGCGAUCGCCCGGGCGUUUGGCAUCAGCGCGUCCUCGCUGUACCUGACAAAGCCCACCUUCUUCUCCCGCAUCAACAGCACGGCGGCCCGGACGGCCCACGACGAGUACUGGCACGCGCACGUGGACAAGGUGACCUAUGGGUCCUUUGACUACACCUCACUGCUGUACCUCUCCGACUACCUGGACGACUUUGGCGGCGGGCGGUUCGUGUUCAUGGACGAGGGGGCCAACAGGACGGUGGAGCCAAGAGCAGGUCGGGUGUCCUUCUUCACCUCGGGGUCCGAGAACCUGCACCGGGUGGAGAAGGUCCGCUGGGGCACGCGCUACGCCAUCACCAUCGCCUUCACCUGCAACCCCGACCACAGCAUCGCAGACCCCGCGCUCACAUAGCCGGGCCUGCCCACAUCGCUCGCCGGGAAGCAGCUCCCGUGGGCACGCCCGCUCCCACCCGCUCAGCCCGCUCCCACCGAACAAGGUGCCUUACAAAUCACCCCAAGUUUUGAUUUGCUAACAUUCGGUCAUUUUUCAUCUGAGAGUAAAUGGAGGGGAGCAGCUCAUCCUCCCAAGAUCAGUGGUUGCCUGCUGCGCCGAACUCGGGGCUGGGAGCCAGCAGCCGCCACGCCCUCCGUCCUCAGGAAGAGCCCCUGUGCCCCGGGGGGAUGCCCUGCCCGUCAGCAGAUGGAGGGUCAUCCUGGCCACUGAGGACCAACCUGAGUGUGGAUGGAGCCAGGUAGGGCCAGCAGCCUCCGCUCACGGAAGCAGAACCAGCAACCCUGACACCCUGGGGAAGGUUCUGGGUCAGGCGGUUCUCAGAGCAGCAGCAGGAGGGCUGGGAGAGCUGGUGCUGCUGGGUUCCCAGCAGAGGGGACGUCCGGGCACAUCCGCCAGUGCUGCCAGCCCCCGAGAGCUGCCUGGCACCGUAUUCCUGCCAGCCUGGCUCUGCCGCAUCACCAGCCGGGGUCCAAAUUUGUUCCCAGAGCGGCCAUCCGCCCACUGCCCAGCUGAGGGUCUGUCUGCUCAGGUUCAGAUCUUGGCACCCUCUUCUCGUCCCAGUGCCAUCCCCACCUUUCACAUAAAAGUGAUGGUCAGGGGAGCCAGGAAUAUUAAAUAGACCAGCCUGGGGGAGGCCUGGACAGCAAGGCCCAGGGAGAGGGGCACAUCCAUCAGUCAGCUCCUGCCACGGCCAGGCCAGUCCCAGGGCAGCCCCACAAAGCAACUGGUCUGGAGUUUGGGCACCUCCUGGGAGGAGGGCUGAUCACCCCUCACCCACCGUGCAUGCAAACAGAGCUCCAGGUGUGGCUGUGGGUGCCGGGCCCUCCGGGCCCCCCCGACCCAGCACGGACGUGUGGAUGUGUGGACGUGUGGACGUGUGCACGUGUGCCCCCAGUGGUGGAGGAGGCUGCAGCCUCGGCCACCACAGUCUGCAGCCACAGAGAUGCUCGGGGCUUGUGAAGAGAGGGGCGGCGGUCACGGGUCCUGGGAUGAGCCGUCCUGAGGCCCCUGAGGCUGCACGAGGGUCUGGAAGCCGGGGCCCCCAGCUCUGUGCUGCGGUUUGCUCAAGGUCCCUCCUACACCCUGGGCAACGAUGUGCGGGCCUCAGGGCUGUGAAGGCAGGCGGUGGUGUGGGAUGGGCUCCACCCAGGUCACGGCAGCAGGUUCCAGGAAGGCGGGUCACCCCUCGCCGCGGGAGCCUGUGUCCUGGUUCCCGUUUUUAAAGGACUUGGGUCCAUUUGGGGAGGAUGAAGGCCGGGCUCCGGUAGCCGGAGGGCUGACCUUUGAGGUCGGUGAUGGCUCAGGGAUGUCUCUAGGUUGGAGUGGCUCCUCCGUCCUGCGCAGGAAAAGCUGCCCCACCCCCGGGUUGUCCUCUGGCUUCUCCUGUCUGGACUUCUCAGAGGUUUGUGGCUCUGGUCUAGGGUUGGGACGCUUCAAAUUCUGACAGAGGAAAGCCCCGGGAAGCCUCCCCUUGUUUCAUAACCUUCGAGUUACCUGAAUGACGCCCUCCCCUGGUCUGAGGGUCUGAGGACAGGCAGGCGGCCUCGGGUACUCCCCGUCUAAGGAGGGGGGUCUGAUGAUCGGGUGGUGGGUGACGUGCUUUGGAAGUAAGUAAGGUGUUGGUUUUAAUUGACAUUCUUUGCUACUUACCCUGUUCACAAUAAUCACAGAGGUACUUGGACAAAGAAAUAAAGAUUCGGGUAAAAGCAA